GUCAGCUCCUAUGCAGACUAGAUAGAACCAAGAAACAAUGUAACUUUGUCCUCUUGGGCCUCACCCAGGAUCCAAAGAAACAGAAGAUCCUUUUUGUUAUGUUCUUACUCCUUUAUAUUUUCACUGUGGUGGGCAAUUUGCUCAUGGUGGUGUCUGUAACUGUCAGUAAGACCCUGGGCUCACCUAUGUACUUUUUUCUUGGUAACUUAUCAUGUAUGGAUGUCAUUUAUUCCUCUUCUAUUUUCCCCAGGUUGAUUUCAGACUUCUUGUUUGGGGAAAAUACCAUAUCCUUCCAAUCUUGUAUGACCCAGCUAUUUACAGAGCACCUUUUUGGUGGAACAAAGGUCUUUCUUCUGCUGGUGAUGGCCUAUGACCACUAUGUGGCCAUCUGUAAGCCCUUGCAUUAUCUGGUGAUCAUGAGGCAGUGGGUAUGUGUUGUGCUGCUGGCAAUGUCCUGGGUUGGAGGUUUUCUCCAUUCAGUAAUUCAAGUUAGUACUAUUUAUGGGCUCCCAUUCUGUGGUCCCAAUGUCACUGAUCAUUUUUUCUGUGACAUGUACCCCGUAUUGAAACUGGUCUGUACUGACACAUAUGUUGUUGGCCUGUUAGUGGUGGCCAAUAGGGGGAUGUUCUGCAGUAUCGUGUUUGUGUUCUUGCUCACCUCUUAUGGUGUCAUCUUGCACUCUCUAAAGAACCUUAGUCCAGAAGGGAGGCGGAAAGCCCUCCAGACCUGUGGUUCCCACAUCACUGUGGUGGUCUUCUUCUUUGUUCCAUGUGUCUUCAUGUAUGCAAGACCUGCUAAGACCUUUACCAUUGACAAAUAA